CAUGACUACUUCCUUCACAGUUUUCAUCGUUCUGCAACUUCUGCUAACUCCAGUCCCGCUACUGCUGCUUGGCCAAGCUCUUAAUCCCGUUAGAGGCAACGACAACUUGAUCGAAAUCGAAUGCCACAAUGCGGAGGUACCAUCCACAUGCAUCCAGUGUCUGAAAUCCGACCGACGUUCCAAAAACUCAGACAGAGUAGGAAUCGCGGUGAUAAUGUUGAACUGCCUGCAAAACCACGCAAUGACCUUGUCAACAAACAUGUCAGAGCUGGCUUCCGGAACCGCAGAUCUAACCAUGAAGAAUGUGUUCGAAGAUUGCGGCCGAGGUUUUUCAUCUGCAUAUAAAGAGCUGUCUUCGGCGACCUCGAGUUUGGAGAAACGCAAGUACGACAAAGCUGAAAUGUUGGUGAACGAAGCCCUCGAGUUCGAGCUGAAAUGCCAUUCGAAGAUCGGAAGCUAUGGGGAUAAAAUCCCGAAAGAUGUUGUUUAUGGGAUGAAGCUUUACGAAGAUCUUUCUGAGGCUACAAAUAGGAUAGUCGAACGACUUUAAUAAUUCUCAAUGUUUUUGGGUUCACCUCAGUCGUGAUAU